GAAAAUGACAUCAUCAAAACUAGUAAAUGAAUAUUUCUCUUCCUCCCAACCUUUUUGUUCGUUACUUCAUUCUAUCAAAAAGGUUCAACGAGGGAGCAUUCUUGAAAAUCUUUUUUUUUUUCAUUACUGAUUCAUAUAUAUAUAUUACACAAAAUAGUGGGUUAAAUAAUUAUGUCACGCUAACGUUGAGGAAUUUUUAUUGGUUUCACACUCCACAAUUGGGCCUCAAUCUAGGGCUCAUUUGCAUAGUCCAGAAUAGGUCAACCCAAUUUCUUUUAGCACAUAUUUAUUCAUUUUGUGCGGUCUAGUUCCCGACAUAUAAACGUCAGCCACUAAGCACACGAUCCCAGGAAAUAAGGGUGUGUUUCCACGCGCUCCAAUGUCGGAGAUAUCUUUUCCCUGUACUCCGUCAUGCAAUCGUGGCGGCGCAACUACUUUAUAUAAAGAAAACGAAAUUACGGUGUUCUUAAAAUACAUUUAAAAAACAUUCAAGGUUUUACCACAAAUAUCGGCAUUUGGCAGUAUUUCUCCCGUAAGGAGGGUUAUUGAUUUUGUGACCGUCUAAGCGCUUCCGCCCCUGUAUAAAUAGCAUCCGCACUCAUUAGUGUUUACACCCUAAAAUAUAAAAGCCAGCAUCCUUGUACUCCCCUUGUUUCAAUUCCCAGAAUCCAGCCUCCAACGCCAUGAGAAGUGAGAUAGAGAGUGUUUGGGUGUUUGCCCUUGCAUCCAAAUGGCGAACCUUUUCUCAAGAAAGCUUUGCAUGGUCGAUUUUCAUCAUUCUUCUUGCCUGGCUAAUCAUGACCCUUGUCUACUGGGCUUACCCUGGUGGCCCAGCCUGGGGCAAGUACAGGUUCGUGAACCGUUCCUCACUUACUGCUGCUAACAAGAGGAGAAUUCCAGGGCCUAGAGGUUUGCCUCUAAUAGGCAGCAUGAAGCUGAUGGCCAGCUCCUUGGCUCACCACCGGAUUGCGGCCGCAGCAGAAGCAUGCAAAGCCAAGAGGCUAAUGGCCUUUAGCCUGGGUGACACUCGUGUUAUCGUCACGUGCAAUUCGGAUGUAGCGAGAGAGAUUCUCAACAGCUCUGUGUUUGCUGAUAGGCCGGUGAAAGAGUCGGCUUAUAGCUUGAUGUUCAACAGAGCAAUCGGGUUCGCACCUUACGGGGUUUACUGGCGAACCCUGAGGAGAAUCGCGGCUACGCACCUUUUCUGUCCUAAGCAAAUCAGAGGUGCCGAGGAACAGAGACGCCAGAUCGCCUCUGAAAUGGUCACCUUAUUUGCUCUCCAUAACCAAAGCUUCCACGUCCGCCAACUGCUCAAACGAGCUUCUCUAAACAACAUGAUGGCUUCAAUAUUCGGACGAAAAUAUAACUUAAAUUCCACCAGCAAUGAAGUCGAACAACUUCGAGCUUUGGUUGAAGAAGGCUACGAUUUACUGGGCUCAUUAAAUUGGUCCGACCAUCUUCCAUGGCUAGCCGAUUUCGACCCUCAAAAAAUCAGAGUUCGAUGCUCCAACCUUGUGCCCAAAGUUAACCGCUUUGUGGCCCGAAUUAUAUCCCAACACAGACACAAAACAAACGGCGAAACACAAGAUUUCGUUGAUGUUUUACUUUCUCUUCAAGGUGCCGAUAAAAUAUCAGACUCCGACAUGAUCGCCGUUCUGUGGGAAAUGAUAUUCAGGGGAGCUGAUACCGUUGCGGUCUUGAUGGAGUGGAUACUAGCAAGGAUUGUGCUUCACCCUGAUGUUCAACAAAGGGUCCAUGAUGAGCUUGACGAAAUUGUUGGCAGAUCAAGAAGAGUUGAUGAGUCCGAUGUAAUGAACAUGACAUACUUACUGGCUGUGAUCAAGGAGGUACUGAGGCUUCAUCCGCCGGGUCCACUUCUUUCUUGGGCUCGUCUAGCUAUCACUGAUACAACUAUUGAUGGGUAUGAUGUUCCCAAAGGGACCACCGCAAUGGUGAACAUGUGGGCCAUCACCAGGGACCCUCAAGAGUGGCCGGAUCCUUUGGAAUUUAUGCCCCAUAGAUUUGUGACUAAAGAGGGUGAAGUGGAGUUUUCUGUGCUCGGUUCGGAUCUUAGGCUGGCUCCAUUCGGGUCAGGCAGGCGGACAUGCCCGGGAAAGAACUUAGGUUUGACCACUGUCAGCUUCUGGGUUGCCACCCUUUUGCACGAGUUUGAAUGGCUACCGUCCGAUCAAAAUACUGUUGACUUAUCCGAGAUUCUUAAACUAUCCUGUGAGAUGGCAAAUCCUUUGAGUGUUAAAAUUCGCCCCAGACGUAGUGGGUUAAACCUAUCCCUAUAAGGUUUUACUAUUUUCUGGCAUUGUCACAAUUAAAAGCAAAAUGAGAUUAAAAAUGGGAAUUAAGCAAAGACAGAGUGAUUACUAGUAAUAGUUAUAUGCCAAAUCUAAAACCCGUUGUGUUGGUCGUGUGUCUUCGAGUGUCAGUCAGGUUUUUAAUUUCAUUUGUUUUAACCGUUGUAAAUAUGGGUGAUGAGAGUGAGAGGGGUAAUACAAGUUCCCAGUCUUGUAACUCUCUUACUUUUUUUUCUCUCUCUCUUUACUUUAUAACUAUUAUACUACUUGAAA